AUUUUGUUCCCAAACAACAAACAUGGCGGACAUAGACGUGGAAGAUGAAAACAUUCUGACGUCUAUUUUCAAAGACGCGUUUCCUGAGAGUUGGAUAGACAAUCCAGAUUUUGUGAGGUAUUUGGUAGAACUGAGUUCUUAUGGGGUCCAGAAACUGGCUCAGGAACCAGAUUACGGCUGGAUGUACCGGCGUAUGAACACGCUGACAUUACAAAGACAUACGCAGCUGUUAGAAGUGCUAGAAAUGCCCCAGCUCAUGGACACGUGUGUGAGAAAUGGAUACUAUGAGGAGGCACUAGAGUUAGCUGCCCAUGUUCGCAGACUGGAGAAAAAGCAUUCCACCAUUCCUGUCCUUAUGAGCAUUGUUGAGGAAGUUAAAUCAUCCACACAACUCAUGCUCAGUCAGCUGAUCCAGCAGCUCCGAACAAACCUCCAGCUGCCAGCUUGCUUGCGUGUCAUUGGUUACCUUCGACGCAUGGAAGUUUUCACUGAGCCAGAACUGCGGAUCAAAUUUCUACAGGCUAGAGAUUCAUGGUUCCAGAGCAUCCUGGAUGCAAUCCCAAGAGAUGACCCCUACACACACAUCACUAAAACCAUUGAAGCAAGCCGUGUGCACCUUUUUGACAUCAUGACCCAGUUCCGUGCAAUCUUUUCUGAUGAAGAUCCUAUUUUAUCUUCCAUGCAUGAAGAUAUCAUGCCAGAGUCAUCACUUUUUCACAGCUGGGUUGUACAAAAGGUGUCACAGUUUCUAACCACGCUGGAGCAGGAUCUUGAAAGAGGCAUUGGAGGUCGGCUCGAUUCCUUGUUGGGCCAGUGCAUGUACUUUGGCUUGUCCUUCAGUCGAGUUGGGGCAGACUUCCGUGGACUAGUGGCACCCAUCUUCCAGCGGGCUGCACUACGAUAUUUUGAAGAAGCAUUGAAGGAGGCUAACAAAAAGUUUGAAGAGAACAUGCAGUCAUACAACCUUUUGGGUCUUACGACAUCUGGUGGUUUGAACUAUGGAGCCUCACAGGCUGGCCAGCUGUACCCUCCAACGGUGCUCUUGGAUUUUUACCCAUUGGCUGCAUACUGCAACCAUGUUCUGACAGCUUUCAAUGACCUCAGGUUGUGUGCCCCUAUCAAUCUGGCAUGUCAGGUGGCAGAGGCAUUGACCAGGUCUCUACAGGAGGUCAACCGUAUCAUUCUUGCUUUCCACAGAGCUGAAGAAACAACUUUCAACCAGAAGGAGCAAGCGCAGUUUGAACAGUUCUGUGCUACAUAUGCUGCUGAUCUUCUUCCCUAUCUGAACCGCUGUCUCCAGGCUUUGUUUCCAACAUCACAGCUGUCCCUGAUGUUAGGAGUAUCAACAUCAGAAAUUGGCAGAAUGGGUAACAUUGGGCUGGUGGAUUUACCACUUAUCCUUUCACAAGUAGACCACCUCAUCCUCAAAGUGGAAGAAGAGACACUUCUUCUGAAUCAUCUGCACAGCCCACCACACUAUCUCAACCUGAAUCACCUGUACUGCCAGCCACACUCUCUCAGCCAGAAUCACCUGUACUGCCAGCCACAAUCUCUCAAGAUGAAUCACCUGAACUGCCUGCCACACUCUCUCAAGAUGAAUCACCUGAACUGCCUGCCACAUUGUCUCAACCACCAAACUUCCCUUCAUCAGAGCAAACAGCACAGGACCCUCUUUUGGAAUCAGCUUCCACAGAAACUGAAGCCCCACAAGCUUGUCUUCAGGAGACAGAGGCCCACACUGUAUCUGAAAUUGGUGCAAGUUUUACCCCAUCCACUCCCGACCUACAAGAUGAAACUGCAAGCCCUGAAAUUUCCAGAAAAAUUCAAGAAACUGUAGCCUCCACUACCCCUGCAGCUGUGCCAGGAAGCAGUAUCCUGCAGUUUGACACAAUAGAUCUAGAUAGUAUUCCUGAUGCUUGGUUAGAUGCUGGGGAGAAUGAUCUGUUGGACCAAGGACUUGAUGGGGAAAAUGGUGGUAAUGAAACUGAAGCCUAGGCAUGACUUCUGACGAGCGGCUAGAUUUAUUCAGCAUCCAAUGUAAUUUGAAGUUUUUGGGAAACAUGCAUUUUAUGCUUGCCUGUCUGUUAAGCAUACAAUAUAGGUGUCAGACAUUUUGUUUUCCAACUAAGAAUUGCUUUUAUUGUGCAAUGCUAAACAUCAGUUACGUGUGAAACAUGAAGAUUGACACAGGAGAAAGUUGUUUUCCUUGGUUUGCACAAAUGCAUUGGUUUUUUUGGGGGGGAGGGGAAAGAGCAGGAGUUGAAGGAGAAAGUGUUUUUCAUUAAGACCACACUCAUAUAGAUGUAGAUGAUGAUUGAUAAAUGGGCAAAAAAGGUUUAUCCCAGUUUUGUCUCUGCAUUGAAAGAGUAAUUGUGUUGCAUGGCCAUGUAAAAGCCUCAGUUUAAACAUCAACACAAUAGUCCCAUCUGGCCUUUCUCUUAAAACUGACAUAGCCUUAGUUUCUGGCAUGGUGUAAAACACUAACAAACCAUAAAACUGUGUCUGCCUAUGAAACAUUGAAGUCCAGCUUCAAAACCCACCUUCAAUAAUCCUGAUUUCAUCUUUUGCUUACUCAUCAAUUUCUCAUCUUUGUCCAUGCACUUUUUUACGAUUGCAAUGGUUAUUAUUAUCUGUUUGUUGUUGCCCAAGGUCUUUCCAGCAUGGUUGUCAGUUUGUUUUGUUUUUAUUGCACACAGCCUCCUAUACUCUCAACUACAUGUGGAAGUGCACUCGACAAAUUCAAGCAUUAUUUAUCAUCAGGUUUGAUGAUCAUUUUGAGAAAAAUUCAUUGCUCAUGGUUCCGUCAGUUCAGGAUAGCCAACAUCACCAAUAUGUAGGCAACCCUGUAGAAACACCUCUGUACUGGCUUGUACAAGUGCCCAGCAAGAAUUUUGAUGAACCUUAUGGAGGCGUAUGCAAUUGGUUUGGCUUUUUGGAUACAUUUAGACAGAGUUGUCAUGACAUCAUGCAGAC